AUGGCGCAGUUUAGGCUAAGACCUGCUGUUUUGGUGGUGUCCGAUACCGCAUUUCAUGAUCCCAGCACCGACAAGGCGGGGGUCGCCCUUACCGAAGUAUUCGCUAGAGAGGGUAGUAAAUGGGAGCGUCCAGCUGUGAAGAUUGUUCCUGAUGAAAAGGUACACAUCCAGCGGCAGAUCUGUCAAUGGACGGAUUCCGAAGAUGAGUACGUCAACCUUGUGGUUACGACUGGUGGGACCGGGUUUGCUCUCCGGGAUGAGACGCCGGAGGCUAUCCUGCCAUUAAUUCAUCGCCAAGCUCCUGGACUUGUGCAUGGAAUGCUGACGGCCUCGUUGAGCGUCACGCCAUUUGCGAUGAUGUCUCGUCCAGUUGCCGGAAUGCGACAUAGGACUGUGAUAAUAACCCUGCCAGGAUCUCCUAAGGGUGCAAGAGAGAAUCUGGAAGCUAUCAUUAAGCUCCUCCCCCAUGCUUGCGUUCAAUCUUCCGGGGCAAGUUCGCGAUUCAUUCAUGCUGGUGGAAUACAACAGCUUGAGCAAGAGGCCGGUAUAACCGAUGGCCAACAAGAAGAACACCAUCAUGUCUUCUCCUUCUUACACAAUCACAACUGCCCCAAAGCCCACCCAUCAAAUGACCCGACUUUGGGGGCGUCUAAACGCCACCGCACAUCUCCAUACCCGAUGACAUCCGUGGAUGAAGCCCUUGCCUUGAUUUCCAAAAAUACUCCAAAUCCCGUGGUGAUUGAAUUACCUGUUGACGCUUCACUUGUAGGUUGUGUACUUGCUGAAGAUGUAUAUGCGUGCGAGGAAGUUCCGGCGUAUCGUGCAAGUACUGUUGAUGGAUAUGCAGUUAUUGCCCCUGAACCAAACCAAGAGGGCACCACCAAAGGCAGGUAUCCUGUUGUUUCAGUAUCCCACGCGCAGGCUCUAUCCAUGCCUCCGCCGUUGGAAAAGAAGACAAUUGCUCGCAUCACUACUGGAGCUCCUCUACCACCCAAUGCCACCGCCGUUAUAAUGGUUGAGGAUACAAUUCUAAUUUCCUCGACUCCUGAUGGAAGCGAGGAAGCUGUUGUGGAAAUUCUAGUGGGAGACAUAAAAGCAGGCGAGAAUAUUCGCGAGCCGGGUAGCGAUAUUUCUCUAGCUGCUCGAAUUCUCCAAAAAGGCCAGCUCAUCACUGCAGUUGGGGGCGAGAUCGGUCUUCUCGCAGCUACUGGAACUGCAACUGUUAGAGUCUAUAGGAAACCACGAGUGGGAGUUCUGAGCACUGGCGAUGAGCUGAUAGAUCAUGCGAACCCCAAGAUUUUGACUGGUGGACAGAUCCGUGAUUCUAACCGCCCGUCACUCAUUUCCUGCCUCUCUGCAUGGGGAUUUCCCACGAAAGACCUGGGUAUUGCGAAAGAUACUUCAUACGAGCUCGAAGAUCGUCUCCGUAAUGCUCUCCGGGACGAAAUAGACGUGAUAAUCACUACAGGAGGCGUAUCUAUGGGCGAGCUGGACCUCCUCAAACCCACAAUCGAACGUAAACUUGGCGGGACAAUCCAUUUUGGGCGCGUGGCUAUGAAGCCUGGAAAGCCCACCACCUUUGCCAGUAUCCCGUUCAAGCCCUCAGGCUCAAAAGAUACGAGACAAAGCGAGAGGACUAAUCGAAUCAUGUUCUCGCUCCCAGGUAAUCCGGCUUCUGCCCUCGUCACUCUCAACCUCUUCGUCCUCCCCUGCCUCCAUAAAUUCAUGGGCAUGUCCACCACUAAAGCCGCCUUGGCUGCUCCGCGUCAUAACCAUGGACUUGGCCUUCCACUGGUGAAUGUGACUCUAACACAUUCCAUCCGUGCUGACCCGUCCCGGGACGAGUAUCAUAGAGCGACGGUGUCUUUUUCGAAAACCGGGUGUUUGUCUGCAACCAGUACCGGAACAGCCGGGGCAGGACAGCGCAGCUCCCGAGUUGGUAGCUUGGCCGGUGCCAAUGCCUUGUUAGUUCUCAGUGCUGGAAAAAAAAAGGACUUUGUGCAGGGAGAUGUAGUCCCAGCUUUGCUAAUGAGUCAGAUUCUUGGAAUGUAG